CCUUUUGGCAGAGUAAUCAGUGUGAGCGGAGCUCUUUCCCUGAAUGAAUCCAAGUAACCCUGUUUGUUGCCUUCCAAAAGGAGUGGCAGACAGGCAUCUGCUCCGAGACCGUCUUAAUGUAUAAACUUGGACUCUAAAAACAUCAUGUCCAGCGAAGAAAACUCUGAAGGUCACCUUUCCACAACAACAGUCAGUUCUGUUGCCGUCCAGGCUGGAGACUCGCGGAUCGUCAUCGCUGUCCUGAAGUGUGGCCAGUGGGUUCAACUUCAAUUGGUAGAGUCCCACCCAAACCUUCUUGAAAUCGGGAGCAGUCAAGAUGAGACCAACAAACUGCUUCAGGACCAUGAACUUCUCCUGGCCAAACUCAAGGCUUUGGAAGGCCGGGUUUGGGACCUGUUACGGGAAGCGGACAAAGCUGCAGAGGAAAACAGCGCCCAAGGCCAGGUCUACGACGCGAUGGCGGAGACGCUAGGAGAGGCCUGGGCAGCCUUGGUGACGGUGCUUGAGAAGAGGAGGGCCCUGCUCAAGCUGACUGCUGAGUUUUUUGAAAAUGCCCUGGAGUUUGCUAUGAAAAUAGACCAGGCUGAAGAUUUCCUCCAGAACGCUCAAGAGUUUGAAAGUACCGAGUCCUUGAAGUCAAUUCUGCAGCUCCAUGAACAUCACACUAAAGAACUCCUAGAACGCUCUCUGGCCCUCCUGAACAAAAGUCGGCAACUGACCGACUAUAUAGAAGAAUUCAAAAGUGAGGGGGCGAAUGUGACUUCAGAGCUAACCCAGGGAGCUCACUGCAGCUGUCUGAAGAUUGACAGCCUUCUUGAACUGCUUCAAGACAGGAGAAGGCAGCUGGACAAAUAUCUGAAGAGCCAAGGCCAAGAACUAGAACAGGUUCUACAGAUCUGUCAGUGGGACCAACAGGAAAGUCAGGUAACCUGUUGGUUUCAAAACAACAUCGAAGGUUUACCGAAGCAAAGUCUGGGUUCGUCAUUAUCAGAAAAUGAGGAGCUAAUUUGCAAGCAUAAUGAAUUGCUAUUUGAAGCAAAGGAAUGGAAUUCUGUUGUGGAAAGGCUCAAAGGUGAGGCCCUCAGAAUUUUACUGUCGGAGAACUAUGUGGAGAAAGAACACUUGCAGCUUUCCAACCAGAAACUAACUGUCCUGCAAGAGGAAUUUGACCGCCUUAUGGAGGGAAGGAAGACCUUGUUGCAUGAAGCCAAUGGCUUUUUCAACAGCGUUAAUAAGGCAUUCGAUGAACUUGGAAGAAUCGAGGCUUAUCUGAAGCUCCUGCAAUCAGAGGGUUUAAGUUUGCCUCUCCUGGCGAUGAAGCAAGAGAAGUUACCUAGCAAAAUGAGAGAAUGCUCAGCUGAUGCUCUGCAAAAAGGGCAAGUCCUAAUCAGUCAAGGAGGUGCCGACAGCUCUCAGAUGGCUGGAAUUCAGAAAAUGAUGGGAUGUAUUGAGAAGCGACUGGAUCAACUAACUCAACAGUGUUCUGCUUACAAAGAGCUUGCUCUUAAGAAACAGCAAUUCUCUGCCUCAGUGGAGGGUUAUCUACAGAAGGCAUCAAUGUUGAUUCAGAAUAUCAGUCCAGAACUCUCAAAUGGUGUGGAUGUUGGAUCCUGUCUGUCUGAGUCAGAGAGAAUUUUGAGCAAAUAUCAGGAACUAGAUAGUCAAGCUAAGGAGACGGCAUGCGAAUUAGAAGCAGCUGUGAGAACCAUGAAAGAGAAAGAUGAAUUGGAGCCUGUUGAGGUGGACUCACUUUCUGGUAAAGCUGACCUGCUAAUGAGAGACCUGAAAAUACUAGGCAGAAACAUUGGCUCCAAGCUUCAAAUCCUACAGAUCUAUGUGGCAUUUUUAAAAUCAUCACAGGAGGUGGAAGCACAAGGUCAGAUCUUGAAAGGAUUUUAUCAAAACAAAAUUGCACAGACUGAAGAUGAAGAAGCUAAAUCUAAAGCUGUGGUCGAGUCGUCAGACAGAGACUGGCACUUAUUUUUAAAGAAGAGCUUUUCGGCACAAGACCUCGGAUGUGACUGUCUUGAUUUAAUAAAUAUGGCCAAUGAGAAUCUACUAUUGAAGGCAAAAAACAUCAUACACCUUACUGAGAACACACUGGAAAACCUGAGACAGGAAAGGGAGAGACUUACCCAUCUCUGGCUUUCGUGGCAACUUCAUGUAAACCAUACUAAGCCCAUUAAACAGCAAUGUGGAGCCUUUAAGGAACAUUUUAAAAAGACCAUUCACAGUUUAAAACUCCUUCAGGAGGUGAUUAUGCCUGUGUCAGCCCUUGACCUUGGAAGUAACCUUCAAACUCUGUUAGAGCUCCAGAAAAAAUGCAAGCACAUGAAGCCUCAGGUUCAGCACCUGCAUGCUGAGGUUCAAUAUGCAGUUAAAGCGGCAGAACUGCUACACCUCAAAGGCAUCCCCGGGAAAGAGAAGUCUGAAAAAUUGAAGGAGAUGACUCAGCUUUAUCAGAAGGUGGAAGAGAAAAUGAAAAAUUAUGAGACUAUUCUCAACAAAACUGUCCGAUUCCAUCACGCCAAGGAAGAACUAGAAAAUCUCAUCAAAUCAAGUGAACUAGAGUUUCCUGAACCAUCUGGAGAGACUGAAGAUGUUUACAGUGCCAAAGCUCAUCUCAGUCGUUCCCAGGAGAGACAAUCGCAUAUAAGACACCUAUAUCAACUGGCCUUGACCUUGGGAAUGGAGAUCAUUUCAGAAGUUCAGCGCCCUAAUUGCUCUAAUGUUUCUGCAAAGAUUCUUCAGCAGCAACUCGAAAAACUCGAGAGCGACAGUAUGAACUGGCAUUCCAAAGCUGAUCAGUAUGAGGAGAAACUGUCACGCAACUUUCAAUACUGUACAACCAGGGAAGAGAUAAAUGAGCUCAGAGAGUCUUUCAAAGACAUUAAAAAGAAGUUCAACAACUUGAAAUUUAAUUACUCUAAGAAAACAGAAAAGGCCCGGAAUAUGAAAGUUCUAAAAAACCAAAUUCAACAAGUUGAUAUGCAUGCUGAAAAAAUGCAGGCUCUGAAGAAGAAGAUGGAGAACAUCACAAGUAAAAUCUCCAAUUCUUUAAUAAGAUGUUCUAAAGUUUGCAUCCUCUUGGAGUCCAUAAAUGAAUUGCAGAGACAAGUGGGUGAAUUUGGCCGAGGUGUAGAGGAUUACAAGAAGAAUUUAGAUAUGACGGAGCAGCUUCAGGAGAUGGUGGAAGAGUGUCAAUUCUGGUAUGACGAAGCAAGCGCUACCGUUGUUAGAGUCGGGAAAUACUCCGUGGAGUGCAAGACCCAAGAAGCUGUAGAAAUCCUCUACAAGCAAUUCAGCAAGUUUAUAACGCCUACAGUCCCGCAGCAAGAAGAAAGGAUCCAGGAGAUCACUGAUCUUGCUCAACGCUUAUACGGUAUUGAAGAUGGUCAGAAGUAUGUUGAGAAAAUAAAGGCAAAACAUAAAGAAGUGCUUGAAUCUGUUACUGAAUUAUGUCGAUCCUUAAUGGAACUUGGAGAAAAGCUGAAGGAGCCAAAGAAAGUGGCAGACAUCCCCGGUGUUGGUGAAGGUUUGCUUUCCCUGGAUGUAGAUCUGUCAUCUUCUGUCCAAGAGGAGAGCAUUCACACCCUGCUCCUCUCAGAAGAAACUCCCUCCGGGGAGGAAUACGAGUGCAUAUCACCUGACGACGUCUCUCUGCCACCUCUUCCUGUGUCUCCUGAAUCAAAUCCCAUGCAGGGGGGAGGGGAGAUCGAGGGUUCGCCCUCCUCUAAUCCUCACAGUCUGCAUGUCCGUUCCUCCAGCUUGCAAAUGCAGAUCAAUGCUGGCAGCCAAAGAGCGAGCGAUGAACCCCACCUCUCAAUACCCGCUGCAUCUGCCGAUCUUUCGGAUGGCGGCAGGGAAACCGUUUCGACUCAGUUUGAGCGGUCCCCGCGCCUUGCCGCAGAACAUUUCCCAAAAUUCAAAGCAGGAUGUCGCUUUACAUCACUGGAAUUACUGGAAACCAGCAGCGCCUCCGGCACGAUAAAGGCGAAACCUUCAGCUAGCAUGAUGAGUGAAGUGCAUGAGACGUAUAUGCAGCGAUACCAUCAAGUUCACACAAGCAUGAGUAAAACCCAAGAACGAUUGCAUGAUAAUAAUAACUUUACUAAAACCCAAGAUAGGCUGCAUGCGUCCCCAGGUGCAUUCCCCGGUCUCGGGUUUCGAGCAGACACCACCAGAAGUCACCAGAGCCAGAUGGUCAGCCCUGAAGAGAUUAAAAGUGCUUCAGAAAAGAACAGCCUAGUCAGUCUUUCUGGCCGGGCGCCUAACUUCUCCAAAACCCUAUCUAACGCAACUGUCGUGGAAGGGUCUCCCGUCACUUUGGAAGUUGAAGUUACAGGAUUUCCAGAGCCUACACUGACAUGGUACAAGAAGGGCCAGAAACUGUCUUCAGACGGGCACUUAAAGGUUUUGCAAAAGGAGACAAAGCACACUGUGUUCAUUCGGGAGGUGUGUGAGACAGAUGCAGGCCUCUAUGUUGCUCGAGCUCAAAAUUCUAGCGGCACUCUCUCAUCCAGUGCCAUCCUCCGUGUGACAGUACAAAGGAAACUACCAGAUUUUCUAGAAACAUUUGGACCUGCAAAUCUACAAGAAGGGGACGACUUACUCCUCCACUGUACCGUGUCUGGAAGACCCCGGCCGAAGGUCAUCUGGAGCAAAGACGGUGUCAGAGUGAUAGCUGGAGACUUUAAUAUUCAGAAAUUAGGUGAUGCGUAUUAUCUUUUCAAAAGGAACGUAGUCCUUGCUGACACUGGAGAGUAUGUCUGUUCAGCCAGCAAUGAAGUGGGAGAGGCAUUCUGUUCUGCAAAUAUAGUGGUUACAGGUGAAAAGAGGACCACGUACAGAGAACUAAUGAUCAGCUUUACAUCCUGAAGGAUUUUAUCAGUGUGAGGCAGGCUUCUGCUCUCCGGAAGACAUAGCGGUAGACUCAUUCACAAGAUGAGUUGUAAUAGAAGAUAUUCAGCUUCACCGGUUCUCCUGCACUUGACUGAUUGCUUGCUGUGGUUUUUCUCCAUGAAGUCCAAGGAAGGACAUCAGUCUCAAUCCAGAUAAAUAUCUCUUAAAAAUGGCUGUCCAUUGUGGUUUUGAGGUUGAUUCUUUAUAAUAAAGUGCGCUGCAUCUCUGGGGA